AUGGCGGCUUCUCAUUGGUCGGUGGGCGGAGUUUGUGGCGUUGCUCCGCCCCUUUCCCCGGCCGCCAGGGGGCGCCACGCGCGGAGCGGGGGCGAGCGCGGGGAAUGGAGCUGCGCGGUGCGCCCGAUCCCGUCAGGAGAAGGAGAAAGCGCAAAAAGGACAAAAAACCGAAAGCACCCCCAAGCUCGGGGGGGCUCUGGGACCUCCCAGCGCUGCCCUGGGACCAUUCCCGGCUCCUCUGGGGCUGUGGGACCACCCUGGGACCCCCCCCCCAGCAUGGGGGAGACCCCCGAAGGGACCAGGACCCCCCAGCCCCCCCCCGCGAGGUGUCCCCAGACCCCCCCCCCGGCGCCGCCGUCGCUGUGCGAGUCCCUGCUGGGCUCCGACGAGGGGGAGCAGGAGGAUCCCCGCGAUUACUGCAAAGGCGGGUAUUACCCCGUUCGCAUCGGGGACCUUUUCCACGGGCGCUACCACGUUGUUCGCAAGCUGGGCUGGGGCCAUUUCUCCACCGUGUGGCUCUGCUGGGACCUGCGGAGGAAACGUUUCGUGGCGACGGCGCUGGAUGAGAUCAAACUGCUGAAAUGUGUGCGGGACUCGGACCCCAGCGACCCCAAGCGGGAGAACAUCGUGCAGCUCAUCGAUGACUUCAAGAUUUCGGGGGUCAACGGCGUCCAUGUUUGCAUGGUGCUGGAGGUGCUGGGGCACCAACUGCUGCGCUGGAUCAUCAAAUCCAACUACCAGGGGCUGCCCCUGCCCUGCGUCAAGAGCAUCGUGCGGCAGAUUUUGGGGGGCCUGGAUUACCUGCACACCAAGUGCAAGAUCAUCCACACGGACAUCAAGCCCGAGAACGUGCUGCUGUGCGUGGCGCCGCCCUACCUGCGGCACCUGGCGGCGCAGGCGGCGGCGUGGGCACGGGGGGGCGGCCCCCCCCGCGGGGCAGUGAGCUCGGCGCCCCAGGAGGAACCUGAGCGGCUGUCGCGCGCUCAGCGGCGCCGGCGGCGGCGGCGACAGCGGCGACAGCGAGAGCUGCUGGCAGAGAGACUGCGGGAGCUGGAGCGGCUGCGCGACAGCGACACCGAGACCCCCCCGGAGCCCCCGGAGGAGUUUGGGGGGAGCCCCCCGAGCGGGGCCUCGUCCUCGGGGGUGCACACGCUGCCCGCGGGGGGGGGCUCCAGCGAUGGAUUCUCGGGGGGCUCCCCGGGACCCCCCCGGCGCCCCCCCAGCCCCAGCUCGGCCUCGGACUCGCUCUUCACCCCCACCUCGGGCUCGCUCAUCUCGGGGGGCUCCGAGGGGCUCCCCAAAACCGCGGGGGGGCUGCCGGGGGGGCAGGAGAACCCCCUGGACCCCCGAGCUGCCCCCAGGCUGAGGAUCAAGAUCGCCGACCUGGGCAACGGCUGCUGGGUGCACAAACACUUCACCGAGGACAUCCAGACCCGUCAGUACCGGGCCCUGGAGGUGCUGCUGGGGGCGGGGUACGGCCCCCCCGCCGACAUCUGGAGCACGGCCUGCAUGGCGUUCGAGCUGGCCACGGGCGAUUACCUGUUCGAGCCGCACUCGGGGGAGGAGUACAGCCGGGAUGAGGACCACAUCGCGCACGUGAUCGAGCUGCUGGGGGAGAUCCCGCGGCACGUGGCCCUGGGCGGGCGCUACUCACGAGAGUUCUUCAACAGGAGAGGUGAGCUGCGGCACAUCCGGCACCUGCGGCCGUGGGGGCUGCGGGCGGUGCUGCAGGAGAAGUACGAGUGGCCGCGGGGGCCGGCGGCCGCCUUCGCGCGCUUCCUGCGGCCCAUGCUGGCCUUCGAGCCCGCCCGCCGCGCCACGGCCCGCCAGUGCCUGCAGCACCCCUGGCUCCGCCCCUAG